AUGGAGGGAGUUGAAUACAGAUCAGUGAUCAGGUUCCUAUAUUUGAAAGGUCAUACACCAAAAGAAACUUUUGAUGAAAUGGAAGAAGUUUAUGGUGACGAUGCACUAUCAUACAACGUAGUCAAGCACUGGUAUCGCCAGUUCAAAUGUGGUCGGACAUCGGUGGAAACUGCUUCCAUUCUUGGACGACCACAUUCCGCUAUUGAUGACGACACCAUCUAUAAAGUGGAAGCCACUAUUUUGGAGAAUCACUGCAUAACUAUUCGACAAGUGACCCAAGAAGUGAAGAUAAGGGUAGGGUCCGUGGAAAAAUUCCUUCACGACUAUUUGCAAAUGCAGAAGUUGUCUGUACGAUGGAUUCCCCGGAUGAUCACACCUUUUCAGAAGCAGAAAUGA